UUGGCUGGUGAAGAGAUUCAAAGAGAAGGAGGGGUUAAGACAGCAAUGUGCUGAGCCAAUGGCUUUUCCACAGAGCAGCUGUCUGGCAUCAGGACAGGACAGGCCGCUCACAGGAAGGAUACCUUGAGGACAGCUCUUCUCUACUUGCUGUAUUGAACAUCGACGGCGACUUCCAGGAGGUGUUCAUGGGAUGCACUAUCUACGCAGCCAGCCCUAAGGCCCUGCCCGCCGACGAGGCCCAAGGCCAGGACAGAUACUACCCACUCCCCCACUGCCGUCACCUUCAUGGUAACUGCAGCCAGAGGAUAGCAGCCAGCAGAGCAAGGGCCAAGAGCAUGACCGAGCAGCAGGAGCAGAGUGAAGACACAGGCCUGCUCCCAACACAGGACCUGGACCCCUCCAAAGAGGACAACGCACACGGCAACUUCAGGUUUCACCUGAUUGAAGACCUUUCAUAUGAGGAUGUGAAGAAAUGUUACAGAGGCUCGGGGAUACAGUGUGUGUCUUGCAGCAGUUUGCUCCAGGCCCUGGAUGUGCGCGAGUGUGUUUGUGUGUAUGGUGCCAAUGUGCUGAGCCUGGUGCAGAGCUCGCGGCCUUUGAGGGAGAGGUUGGUGUCUGCGGCGUGCGGAGCAGGCGUGGCUGCUGGCGGUGGCGAAGCAGCCAGUGCUGCCGGUCCUGUGCAGGCAGGACGGUCUGCCAAGGAGCUGCUCAUGACUCUGCCAUGUCCCUCUGCACAGACUGUCAGCAAGUACAACUCGCAGUACCACAAACUCUUCCAAUGUGUUCCCAAGGACGAGAUCCUCAUGAAAGUGUACUCCUGUGCUCUUCUCAGAGACAUUCUGCUCCAAGGCCGACUCUACAUUUCUCGACACUGGUUGUGUUUCUAUGCUAACCUCUUCGGCAAGGACAUCAAGGUGGCUAUUCCUGUUGUUUCUGUGAGGCUGGUAAAGAAGCACAAGACAGCAGGCCUGGUACCCAAUGGCUUGGCUAUCACCACAGACACCGGUCAAAAGUAUGUGUUUGUGUCUCUGCUUUCAAGAGACAGUGUAUACGACGUCCUCCGCAGGAUCUGCACACACCUACAGGUCAAUGGGAAGAGUCUGAGCUUGAAGCAGUUCAUGGAGGAGCCCACCUUGUCCCUGGAUGAUUUCCCAACUCCAGACGAGUUCCCGGUGGUCGACGAGUUUCCAUCAGUGUUAAAGUGGAGAAGGAAACCGUCCAUGGUGUCCGUGUCCUCCUCCCUCCCUGACCUCCUGGGUAACUCCACUAGCAGUCUGAGUGCUGUGGACACACCCUUCAAACCGGAACCGCUGCUUGAAGAACGAGCACUGCAGACAGAUCGAGGUCUUUUAUCAGAGCCGGUGGCAGAGCUGGGCCAGAUGGAAUACCAGCUGCUCAAGUUCUUCACCCUGCUGAUCAUCCUCCUCAUCCUGUCAUCAUGCUACCUGGCUUUCCGGGUCUGCAGUCUGGAGCAGCAGCUGUCCUUCCUGAGUAACCCUACCCUGCCACUCAGAGAGAGGUAGCUGUUGCUGUCACCUCCCACCCCUUCCACCCUUCCCACCGGCUGCUGUCUAUCCUCACUGAUGUUUGGAGUCGACUUCUGCACCGAUCCAGGACCAGCUUGUAACCCAGAGCAGGUCUAUCUGAACCUGCAGCAGCUGCAGCGUCACCCUAACUACAGGCGUCCUCUGGGCCGUCCCGCCACCAGAUGAGCCCCUCCUUAGUGAUCACUUCCAGACUAUGCGAACAGACUAUUUAUUUGUAGGUUACGAUGGUCUAAUCGCUAUCCGUGACAUUUCAUUUUCAGAGUGACCUCAGACAGCAAGCAGCUGUCGAUGAAGGCUGAAGGUGAGGUCAGAGUUUAUUCUUGAUUCUUGAGAUGAAUUACUUGAAAAGACUGAGCAUAAAACGUGGAGUUGUGGGCUGAGCUGCUGAAACUCAUCCAUGUCACGUUUAUGUGUGGAGUUUUUAACAUGCAGAUUUGGCCCACAUCAGAAACAUUUGCUGCAAUGAUGCACUUUUUAAAAAUGCAUCCUAUUUCUUCAGAUGUCUGUCACAGUUUUACACAUUUAGAUCAUUUUUUUCUCUGUAAUCAGUAUGUGUUAUUAUCAUUAAGGUAUUUAUGAACGAAAAUAAUCCAACGGCCACAGAAACUUGACUGAUUGUUGUUACCUAUUAUUUUAUUGUGACCUGGUAGCACCUGUAUUGGAUAUAAUGUGAAUGAAAUGGUUAGAGACAAGUCCAAUUCUGUUUUAGUUGAACUAAUUUAGCUUUUUUUGUCUGACACUUGUGUUUUUCUUUUAUUCUUUUGAAAAGAAGUCACCAAAGACUUAAAACUGAUUCAAUGCAGUAAGAAAAAAAAAAAAAAAAAAAAAAAAAAAAAUCAAACCUUGCUGUAAAAAUUAGAGCCACAAAGUCACAUCUAAUGUGACCGAGUAGAUUUAAAGUUCCACAGCACUUAAAACAUGUGUUGUAUGACUAUUUUUUAAAUUCUUUAUUUAGAUUUAACUUAUUUAGAUUUACAACUUUUAGUUAUCAAAAUUUAAGGAGACACUAAAUGCAAUGUAUUUGAAUAAAUGAAGUGAACCAAAACUUAGUGAAUAAGAAGAGCAACAUUUACGCAACAAAAUGGGCUAAAGAUAGUUUAAAAAAAUAUUCAGGUGAAUAGAAUGUAUUUAAGUUGUAUCUACUUUAUGACAAAAAAAGAAAAAUGCAAAAUUCCAAAUCAUUGACACUGGUUUCUUUUUCGGUUUAGUUUUCUACUUUAUAACUUCAUACAGUUCAGUGUUACCCGUACCCUAAUUUCAGCCUAUUUUAAGUAAAUGAUGCCUUUUUGUUCAGUUCUCUUUUUUCAUACAUUUUUAUUUAGUGUCUUCAAAUAUUUUUAUAACUAAACACUUGUUUGUAUAGAACUACAAAUUACUGAAAAAUUACAGUUUAAAAUAAAUUACAUCAAAUAACUUCCUUGAAAUAUUUGAAAUAGACUAAAUCUAACAGAUUUAAAAUACAUUUGAAAUGUUUUAUAACUUUAAAUCUGCUCUAUACUAUUACGUUUCUUUGUUGCCAUAUUUUUUGUACAGUGUACAUUUUAUUUAAGUGAUUUUUCUGAAUUAAUUAGUAGUUUGUGAACUUCCUAUUCAUUAAAUAGACACAAAAU